UGCUGUUUGCGACUUACUUAUAGGAUAAAACUCGACUCUACCUCUACCAAGCCCAUCGUGCUAUGAAUGGCCUAAUAUGCAUCUUGUUAUUACAACAUACAUGGCAGGAAAUACAGCGCGAAUGAAUGACUGUUUACAGAUAUCUUGCUAUUUUAGGCACAAGACUAAGGAAAGCCAGCCACCAGGCGCCAGUGCGAGCAGACUGAGGACUGAGAGAAACUUGUGUGAGUGGAUCUGAACAAGGGAAAACAAGGAAAGGCGAUUGCGAACUAACUCUCUUGCCUCUGGUACGCACAUGGGAGAAUGAGUACAUGGCAACUGAGAUUGUAUAUAUAAAAUUGUGACGUCACAGUGUAUGAGCUACAAGACAAUGAGCCAGAAUCAAGCCAGCACAGUUCCCGCUCCAGGGCAGACUGUGCAAAUAGUCCCACAACAAUUACCAAGCGGGAGCUUUUCGAAUGGGAAGUAUAAGCUGGUGGCAGUAAUGCUGUCGAUCCUUUUUGGUAUUAUUAUCAUAAUAAGCUUGACAUCCUCGGAUGUUUUGGCACACAGCGCUCUGGGUGUGUGCAUAACUGUAGCUGUAAUUGGCAUCAUCCUCUUGGUCAGUUACAGAAUAUGCAAGAGUUCAGGUGGAAGUCCGGGCCGUGUCAUUCAAAGCGGACCACUGCAGACCGUUCCUCAACAAAAUACUUAUGUACUUCAGCACCCUGGCAAUAUGCAAACCGGGUAUCCAUUGUCUCCACCGCUGCACCAAAACAUGGCUCCAGGUUCUCUGUCAGCCACUUAUACAUAUACACCUUUAAAUUCCUCGACAGCUGGAAGCAACAACUCGUACGUUGGAAAGAAAGACUUUUAUUCCUCAGGCUUUCCAAGGCAGACACCAACCACAGGAGCCUCAUCGUCGGCUUCCUAUGCCCCUUACCCAACUACAAGUGCUUCCUUCCCAAGGUCCCCUGAAUAUCAGCCACCGCCUUCGUUUGCGCCUGGCUUCAGCCCUACAUCUUACGAUCAGGCACCUCCCUAUGGACACAUUCCUGGCGCAGAUCCUACAAUAGGGGUACCAUCUGCUAGUGCCCCUGAAUUCGAUCCUCCACCUCCCUAUGCUCCUCCUCCUUAUGAAAAAUGAUGUCAUCACGAAGUCUUUUUUAUGAAGCAGAGUAAAAGUACACAAAGUUUCUUGUUCUAAGCUGAUUCAUUCAAGUAACUUUUAUAACCAUACUCAUGAACAAGCAGGUAAACACAAGAUUAAGCAGUAUAAAUGCCCCUGGGAAGAUCUGGUUUCCACCUCCUCCUCAGGUCCAUGUAUUAAGAGUUCAAUAAGGUGAUUUUUAUCGUUUCUAUAUACAGACUCAAAGUUUUGUGAAGAACUUAUACUUUGGUCUCAGUUCUACAGUUUUCUUUAACCUUUGAAUAUAUCAGUCAGCAAAUAUAAUGAAUAAUCAUGGCAAAAGCAUUCACAUGGUUACAAUAUGGAGCAGUCUAACAUGAUAUGAAAAUAAUGGAACAUAUGUGAUUCUAACAUAUAUAUACAUAUAUUCUAACAUGGCACAAAACUUAAACAAUAUGGUAUUUAACCGAAGAUAUGCAUAUGUGUGUUUGUAUGUUAAUUCAUUUACAUAAUAACUGAUAGUAUAUUUUCUCAUCGAUCUGGAAUCUAAAUGACUCGCUAUUCCAGUAACUUAAAUAUCCGUACUUACCCCGUAUUUUAUACAUAUUUUAUACGUGAAGUCUGUAGAUGAGUUACGUAAAAUACUUAUGAUCCAAUAGGUAUGAUAGACAUCUGCUUUGUCUGAUUGUAUCUUAUUUAUUUCCACGUGAUUUUCUAGCAUUAUCUUUCUGUUUCUAUUUUUUUUCUUUUAUGUAUCGUGUGCUAGGGCUUCGACGAUCAUGCAUUUCCAAACUUCUCUUUCUUGACAAGCAUGAAUGAGUUCACUUCCAUUUGUGGAAGUGUGUUUAGUCCAUUCUUUCACGUUGUUUAGAGACUUGCAUGAUUUGACUAGGCAGAAUACGGAAAUAGUUUGCCAUUGCUUUCUUCAGGGUGUUCUAUCUAAAUAGUCGGUGAUGUUUCACACGGAUCCCGCCCUUUGAUGGCUUUUGUUUUUAUUGCCACUGGGUAUUUAGCUACCCUCCUCACCAAGCAAGAUUGGUGGGUAUAUCAUAUUAUAUUAUAUUAU